UCAGCGGCGGAGGGACAGAGCGCUCCCAGGAGGGGACAGACGAGAAGCAGAACCAGAAGCACCAGCACCAGAAGCACCAGCACCAGAGAUGCUUUGCCGAAUGCACCUCGCACCAUUCGCCUCCAGCUCCCUGGCCAGCCGGCUGGGCACGGUGAGGACCCUCUGGCCGCAUGCGGAGACCAUCUUCACCGAGCUGCAGCAGGAGAUGGAGAAAGCGCGGGAGUUCAUGAGCAGCUUCGAGCAGCUCCUGACCAGCCAAGGAGCCGCCGCCCUGGAACGAGCCCCCAGCACCAGCCUGACCCAGGGCUCCGGGGAGGGCUUCUCCAUCUGCCAGGACGUGAAGAACUUUGCCCCCGAGGAGCUGUCGGUGAAGGUGGUGGGCAGGAAGGUGGUGCUGGUGGGGCAGAAGGAGACGCAGAACACGGACGAGAAGGGCUCCUUCUCCUACAAGUACGAGGUGCUGAAGCGGGAGUGGGACGUGCCCGAGGAGGUGGACGCCGAGGCGCUGACGUGCUCCCUGUCCAAGGAAGGGCAGCUGCGCAUCGAGGCCCCCCGGCUGGCCCUGCCGGCUUCCUCGGAGAGGAACGUGCCCAUCCAGGUCAGCCCUGCAGCCCCACAGCCCGGACCAGCCUCUGAGGAUGGAGCCACCAAGAAAGCCCAGAUGUAAUGGGAGAGGAACCGACAGCCUGCGGCAGGACCGGAGCAGUCAGCAGCGAGUCUCGGGUUUUAGCCCGGACAAGCUCCCUCAGCAAUGAUGUCAUUUUUUUCGCUAUACUGGAAUGCUUUUGUAUCCAAUAAAAAUCCUUUUGCAUAGA